AUGGCACUGGAAAAACAUGUAACAAGAAUGAGUUUCGAAGAACUCAGCAAGGCAACUGAUGAUUUCCACUGUAUGAAUAUAAUUGGAACGGGGAAAUUGGGGACAAUGUACAAGGCAAUACUCCAAAAUGGUUGGUUUCUUGCCGUCAAGAAACUCCAUAACUCAUAUGAUUUCGAUCAAGAAUUUAUGUCUGAGCUCAUGACUAUUGGGAGGAUGAGACAUUGCAAUUUCGUACCACUCAUAGGCUUCUGCUAUGAAAUUAACAGCAGACUUUUAGCCUAUAAAUACAUGUCGAAUGGAAACCUCCAUGAUCUCCUCUUUUCUGCUCAAAACGGCAAGGUCAAGUGCAUAGAAUGGCCUAUGAGUGUGAAAAUAGCAGUUGGGAUUGCUAGAGGACUUGCGUGGCUUCAUCAGGUUGGAGUAGUCCAUAGCAGCAUUUGUUCAAGAUGCAUAUUGCUUGAUCAUAGUUGUUUUGGAAGUGCAAAACUUAUGCCAAAAAAUUGGACUACAAGGAGGAAGAGAAAUUCUGGAGUUAACUACAGAAAUUCUGGAGAUGGAGUGGUAGACCAACAAGGAGACUUCAAACGUUGGUGGACUCAAAUCUCAGAGGCAAGGAAGAGGCCAAGGGGGAUGGAGCAUAUUGGACUAACUGCGACCAUCUUAUGGCAAGUGUGGAAAGAAAGGAAUAAGAAGGAAUUUGAAAACAUAAGCAGCUGCUCACCAGCUAGGACAAUUGGGAAAGCUCAAAAGGAAUGGCUGGAGCAAGUGGAAAUCAUAAACAUUAAACCCAGUCUGAGCACAGGAGAAACAACUUCCAACCAAGAAGAGCAUCAUCAGGAUCAUGUAGAAGAGGGUACCAUUAAUCUGGACGUGGCUACAAUAAGUCAUUAUGGCCAGGUCUCACUGGGGGAUUGA